GGCUGUUUCCCCCCCGUCAGUCUGAACAGGCGAUGAAAGGAACGCACUCUCUCAGUAAAGAAAAGGUUUCUUGGGGUUUCUGGGGAACAGGAUGACGACACGGACCCGUGAACUAUUUCUUUAAACAUGCUUCUAAGUCUUUGGACGCUGUAGUGUUUUGGAGGCGUUGCACUGGACGGCCCCUGUGGUGGAGUCAUCAGGACCGUUGUGCCCUCUUGCCACGGCAUCUUCAAUGUCCCACGUUUGUGUUGUGGAUUACUGGUCGGCAGUGUUAGGCGAUGGCUACGUAGUCUCUUGACAGCGAAACUGGAAAGGCAGUCCGGGCCUUUUCCUGCCUUCCUCCUUGGCCUGGGAUUUCUAUCUUUUGUUGGUUUUCUGUUUGCUACCUCAACAGCUGAUCUGAAAAGGUUAAACAUUUUUCAAAAGCAGUUAUCAAAAAUGACAAGUCUGUUCCGCCGGAGCAGCAGCAAUGGCGGCUCGAGGAGCAGUUCUUCCACACAGGAACUCAACAACAGCCGGCCCCCCAGGCAGGUGCGGCGGCUGGAGUUUAACCAGGCCAUGGAGGAUUUCAAGACUAUGUUUCCCAAUAUGGAUUACGACAUCAUUGAAUGUGUUUUGAGGGCUAACAACGGAGCUGUGGAUGCCACCAUCGACCAGCUGUUGCAGAUGAACUUAGACGGCAGUGGUUAUGAUGACAGCUCGGAUUCAGACGACAGUAUUCCUCCUGAGAUCCUGGAACGGACUCUGGAACCAGAUAGUUCUGAUGAAGAGCCGCCUCCAGUUUACUCACCCCCUUCCUACGACAUGCACAUCUUUGACAGGCUGUAUCCUCAAGCGCCACCAACCCCACCCCCCAGGUAA